CCUCUCAUCGCAUCUAUUACAAUUUAAAUCACAGAAUCCAGAACCACUAUAAGAAGAAACCGUUCACUACUUCAUUAAUGUACCAACAUUGUACACUUUUCGUAACUCUCCAACGUUUUCAUUCCCACUUUACUUUCUCUAACGAUCUUCCUCUCCUAAGUUUUCUUUUGGUAGACUUGGUAUAUACAUCACAUAGAAAUGAGCAAGUUGUGGACCUUGAUUACCCAACUUCAUUCCCUUGCUGGGCCGGUGGUGACGUUAUUGUAUCCUUUGUAUGCAUCAGUGGUGGCUAUAGAGAGCACAUCUAAAUUGGAUGACGAGCAGUGGCUUGCUUAUUGGAUCAUUUAUUCGUUUCUCACCCUCAUGGAAAUGGUUCUCCAGUCUCUCUUGGAGUGGAUUCCAAUUUGGUACGAUGUGAAGCUAUUGGUGGUGGCGUGGCUGGUGUUGCCGCAGUUCAAAGGAGCAACUUUCUUGUAUGAAAGGUUCGUGAGACAGUACAUUCGGGCCUACGUAACGGAGAGGGUGCCCCACCACGAUAAGUCUCCCAACGGUGGCAAGACCAAGCAUAAGUUUUUUGACUUCAUCGCAUCCAAGAAAGGGGAUCAUGAUGCAUGAGACAAAUUGAAUUCAAAGACAGUGGUGACGUGAAUUAAUGCUGCACUUUUGACUGAAGACUGCUGCGUUCAUCAUCUUUGAUUUCACUUUUUUUAUUUUACUAAUCUUUAAUGCAUUAUGUGUGGCUUUUGUCACAAUUUCAAACCUCACUUUCUUGUUUAAAUCUAAUCAUUACGUAUGUAAUGCAAUUUCUUUCGUUCACAUUAAGUUGCUUCGUAAUAAAGGGACAUUUGAAUCAUAAAGUGGACUAUUAGAUUGCCAUGCACGGUUCACAAGGAAUGUCUCACGACUUUUAUGCAUAAAAUGAGAUUCUAACCUGAUAUUAUGACGG